AUGUCCAACCCCGAACAUCUCAAUACCUCUGAGCUGGGCACCAAAUCCUACUGGGACGCCGCCUACACGACCGAGCGUCGAAAUUUCUCCUCGAACCCUGACGACCAAGGAACGAUUUGGUUUAGCGACGCGGGCGCAGAGGAGCGCAUGCUCUCUUUUCUCGAAAACUCAUCAGACGAGGGACAGCUGCACAAAGACGCGUCGAGCGACGAGACACCGACGCGCUUCUUGGAUCUUGGUACGGGGAAUGGACAUUUGCUGUUUGCGCUGAGGGAGGAUGAGUGGGAGGGUCGGAUGGUGGGCGUGGACUAUGCGCCGCAAAGUGUGAAGCUCGCCAACGAGAUCCGCGACUCCAAAGGCGACGAGUAUGCGGACAUUGAGUUCCACGAAUGGGAUCUUCUGGGCGAAGAGCCGGGGGCUUGGUUGGCUGGGGGGUUCGACGUUGUGCUGGACAAGGGCACGUUCGAUGCAAUUUGCCUUGCGCAGGAGACAGACGCACAAGGGCGGAGAAUAUGUGAAGGCUACAGAGAAAAGGUGGAGAAGUUGAUCACCAAGGGCGGCCGGUUUCUGAUUACCAGCUGCAACUGGACCGAAGACGAGGUCAAGGGCUGGUUUGACGUGGAAGGGGGUGAGCUGGUGUACGAGAGCAAGGUGAAGUAUCCGAGCUUCACAUUCGGAGGGAAGACGGGGACGAGUGUUUGCACGCUUUGCUUCAGGCGGAAGGCUUGA